UCCCAGCAUAAAUGAUAUAACCGCAAGCUUCACAUAAAUAUAAUCCACACUCCACACGUUCAGUAAGUGCUCUCCAAUUCUCUCGGAAUCCAUAGAGAUGGGGAGAGCACCGUGUUGUGAGAAGUUGGGGCUGAAGAGAGGAAGAUGGACGGCUGAAGAAGAUGAAGUCUUGACCAACUACAUUCAAGCCAAAGGUGAAGGCUCUUGGAGGACUUUGCCCAAGAAUGCUGGCUUGUUAAGGUGUGGGAAGAGCUGCAGACUCAGGUGGAUAAAUUAUCUAAGGGCAGACUUGAAGAGAGGGAACAUCACUCCUGAAGAGGAAGCGACCAUUGUUAAUUUGCAUAGUGCUUUGGGUAAUAGAUGGUCUUUGAUAGCUGGACAUUUACCAGGACGAACCGAUAACGAGAUAAAGAACUACUGGAACACUCACUUAAGCAGAAAGCUUUACAGCUUCAACAGGGCCGCAAAUGAACCCUUGCCCUCCAUUAUCACUGUGGCUGCCGAACGCAAGCGAAGAGGCGGACGAGGUCGGGCGAGACGGCAGGCAGUGAAAAAGCACAAGAAGGUUCUUGACACAGCCUCAGAUAGUGUCGGAAUGUCAUCAGUAAAGGCGCCGGCUGAGAGCGUUUCCACAAGUGAGGUGGUUGAACCAGGUGGUACCACCGUAGGACAGGUUGAAAGGAGCCCAACAAUGGGCGUGCAUGGUUCUUGUCUGGACAGUACGACGAGGAUGUUAGGGCAUUGUGAGGAGAGCAAAAGUACUGUAGGCGAGUUAUGCCCUAAUAAUAUAGAAAAUGAGGCCUUGGGGCCAUAUGAAUGGCUAGAUGGUGAAAUGAUGCGACUCAGCUAUAUUCUUGAUAGUCGGGUCGUGGAUCCAAGUGGUAAGGAGCGAACAGAGAAAGAGACCGCCAGUGAAAGGGAGAGCAGUGUUCUGAGCUCAAAUGCAGCAGAUGGGGAGUGGUACAAUUGCUCUUCAUCAAUUACGUAUACUAAUUCGGGCUUUGAUGAUAAAUGGAUGGAUUGGGAUUGGGUAGCUGGUGUUGAAUCCCAUAAUCAAUGGGAAUUAUGGAAUGAAGGAGACAAGCUGUUUUCUCGUUUAUGGGGAGCUGGCAAACGUGAGGAAGAAUAGUGCCAUAAUUAAGCAACACACACCAACAACAACAAAAAGUGGAAGAAAGAUGAUCAGGUUUAGUUUUUAAUUGUAGCACUUGGAUAUGUAUGAACUUGUUUCUUUGUCCGAGUAAGUGUAUAAGUAAUUAUAAGAGCACUUCCAAAAUGCAUGCUAAUAGGAAACUGCAUGUACGUGGGAUCGGAAGCUAGCCUAAGGCUUUCGUCUGCUCAAAUUAUUAGUUCGAAUAAGCUAGGUCGUUGUAAACAUUUUAUAUUAUACUUCAUGUUACCAUGUAUUGAUGUUUUCCUA